AACGUUGCUGUGUUCGGAGUAACGGUGCAAUUAAACAACUAGGCUACUGAUUUUGCCAGUGGGGACCGUUAGCGGUCCCUAGCCUGCAGUUUGAGAACCGCUGUCCCGGACUGACCUACCUCUGCGCUCUCCGGCUCUCUGCCUCCGACUCCGCCUCUCUCAGCACCAAGCGACCGAACCCCAGCCUGCCUGCCGCCACACCGAAGUCCCCUCCAGCUCCUGCCUGUGUGCCUUCCCAACCCACAAACCGGACUCCAUACUUCUGUGCCACGCGAACCCAUCACUCUCACGCCAAAUGCACUCCUAGUUUUACCGCAAGAAAAAAAAAAAAAACACUCCAACCUGAAAAGUAAAAUAGGCAGUAAGUUGUAGCUGUGCUAUCGGAUAGGUUUUUCUUCUUUGCCCCCAGUUUUCGGCCCCGCGGUGGGGCAGGACCGCAAGGGCAGGCCGGGGGGAAAAGGAGACCGUAUGAUGUGGAUCUGGUACUUUCUGCUUGGUUCGGGGUCAGGCUUAAGAACUGUUGAGAGCCAGCUGCUCCCGGGGAAUAACUUCACCACAGAGUGCAACAUCCCUGGAAUCUUUAUGUGUGGGGAUGGGAAGUGUGUCCCAGGUGGGUGGCAGUGCGACGGAUUGCCCGACUGCUUUGACAAGAGCGACGAGAAAGGCUGUCCUAAGGCCAAGUCAAAGUGCGCCCCUUCAUUCUUCGCCUGCGCUAAUGGUGUCCACUGCAUCAUCGGACGCUUCCGCUGUAACGGCUUCAGCGACUGUCCUGACGGGAGUGACGAGGAGAACUGCACAGGCAACCCACUGGUGUGCUCGGAGGCUCGCUUCAAGUGUCGAAAUGGCCACUGUGUAGACCGGAGCUUCUUGUGUAACGGCCAGGACAACUGUCAGGACAACAGCGAUGAGGAGCUCUGCCUCACUACAGCAGAAGCGCCGGGGCAGGACUUUGUGACACUGGACUAUCGUCUGCGCUACUACCCCAGCAUCACCUACGCCGUCAUCGGCAGCGCCGUUAUCUUCGUCCUGGUGGUUGCGUUGCUGGCCUUGGUGCUCCAUCACCAGAGGAAGCGGAGCGUCCUGCUGCCCAGAGGUGUAAGAGGGAGCUCGCACCACCACCACCACCACCAGCCCCUGCUGCUGUCCCGUCUGGUCAUUUUGGACCGGGGCCACGUCCAUCCCGGCGGUCAAGGUCUCUCCCCCAGCUCUCCCACCACAGCAGGCCCGUACAGGUCAACUCCUCAGGCACUGCAGCUGCUCUCUGGGACCCUGUAUCCCUCUGGACUCUCCAUGGACUCACCUCCAUCAUACUCACAAGCUGUUCUGGAUGUCAGCCGGCCUCCCUGGUUUGAUCUCCCUCCUCCCCCAUACCUCUCAGAUGGGGAGCUGCCUCAAUACGAGGGCCCCCAAGAUCCUUUGAGCCCCCCCACAGCACAUCCCUCUCCACCCUCCACACCCAGAACUGUGGCCUUAGGCACGCAGCCGAGUCCGAGCUCCAGAGAGGAGUCAGACCAGCUGUAGCCUCUCUCGUAGUAGAACUAGUUAGAACUCAAAGAGACUGCAGGACUGAAGGAUCAGGCUGCAGGGCCAUGUGAAGCCAGUACAGUCCACAGCAAAGACCUGCUGAGGAGAGCCAACAGGGACUAAGAGACUGUAGACUUAAAGUCCUAAACCUGCUGCUUACUCAUUGGCCUACUGAAGCACUGGACUGAGACAAACUCAUCCUGCUAGGCUGAUCUUGUAUGCUGGCUCCCCCUGCUGGGGUCAUGGCUGCACUACACCUUAAUCAGUUACACAUUCAUUCAUUUUCCAACAAGUUAAGUUCAGUUGAACUGUGCUUCCUUUGAAUAAAUACUGUAUACGAUACCUAACAGUGACCACAACCUGCAUCUCCAGAGACAUAGGAGUUAAACUGCCAUUCAUUAAAAUAUGCAUUAACAUAUCAUGAUGAUAGAAAAAUGUGGCACCUGAAAUGGUCAUCGUGUUAUUGUAUAAUCAUGAUAGAGUGAUGUUAUUCUUCUUUGUGUAACACUUUGACAGCAUUGAGUCAAAGUCAUGCCCCAUGAGGAAAUACUCCUCACUGUAUUUCACAUUUCACACCUACAAUUUACAUGGUGGGGUAUAUAAGAGAUUUGUAUUGUGUUCACAUUGUGAAAUACCUGAAUGCUAGAUCAAAUUCUGUACUGUUGAUGAUUACUGCUACAUUUGAUGACUUACAGUACUUAUCAUUAUUAUAUUAUUAUAUCAUUUUAGCAAUGACAUGUUGAUGCCUUAAUUCUUACUGAAGUCAAAACACUUUUAAGUCGAAAUGAAGACGAUACAGUAGUGAUGUGUAAUUUUUAAUAGUUUAACAGAAACACAUACAGUUGUGAUAUACAAGAGCAGCUCUUACAGAGGUACU